AUGGAAACAUCUCUUCUUUUUGUUCUCACAAUACUCACAACAAUUUCAGUGGGUGUUUGGUGUAAUGAAGAUACUGUUAUAUUCUGUGAGAAAGGAAUUUCAUGUUCACGUGGUGUAUGUUUGAGUACUAACAAUGAAUUGGUAUUGAAUCGUUCGAAAAGUGGACUUACUAUCAUAUGCGAUGACAAAGAUUUCACAGUCACUGAGAAGAAAGUGUUGACAACUAAAAGUGAAACCAAAGAAGGGUCUAGUAAGUUAGAAGGAUGUGAGUAUGGUUCUGAUAUAUCUUGUGACAAAUGCCAAGAAGGAUAUUCACUUUAUAAAGAAGGCAUUCCACUUAUAUUUGUCUUGAAGUGCAGACGAUGUGAUGAGUUGGUGGACACUGGCUAUGAUUCAAAAAAGUACUACUGUGGGAAUUGUCACUCAAACACCACUACCGACCAAAAUCCAUUCUAUUGUUGUGAUGUGAAUUGCGCUGGGGACUGCAAAACAAGUAGUUGUAAAACGUGUGUUGCCGGGUUUGUUCUUGUGAAUUACAUCUGUAAAAGAUGUGACUUGAAUGUUGCCAAUUGUUUGUUGUGUUCUGAAGUCGGGAAAUGUGACACUUGUAAAGAUGGGUAUUACAUAUCAGAUGAUAAAACGCAAUGUAUUCAAUGUGAUAGUAGUUGUCUUGACUCUGUAUGUGACAAAAUAAAUGGGAAGUGUAAUUCCUGUGCUUCAAAUUUUGUGUUUUCAACGAGUAACAAAACAUGUGAAAAUUGUUCUGCUUUUGACACAAAUUGUAUGACUUGUAACACGCAAUUUGAGAGGAAGUGUGAGAAAUGUUUUACUGGUAAAUAUCCAGUACUUAAUUUAACUACGAAUGAACAACAAUGUGUUGAUUGUGACUCGACUUGUGACAAUCAAUGUAACACAGAAAAUGGGUUUUGUGAGGCUUGUGAAGAAAAUAAAGUACUUUCUAUCGAACACCCACUUUAUUGUGAUUCGUGUAAGACUUAUGACCAGCACUGUACAAUUUGUGCAACGGAUUUUUCAAGAAGUUGUAAUGUCUGUGAUGAAAACUAUUUUCCAAAAGACAAACAAUGCCACCCCUGUUCAAAUAUCACAAAUUGUGAGUCUUGUUUGAAUACAGUCGAACAAUGUACUCAAUGUAUAGAUCCAUACAUACUUCAAGAUGGGUACUGUGUUUCGUGCCAACAAAAUGAAUACAAAUUUAAUCAAACAUUCUGUCAGAAGUGUUUUGAAACAAUUGACAAUUGCAAAUUGUGUUCUACAACACAUGUUGGUAUUGCGGUAUGUACACUUUGUUACGAACCUUUUGUGGUUUUAAAUGGAAAAUGUAUUUCUUGUGGGAGCGAACACUUUUAUAACAAAACAAGUCUCAAUUGCCAAACACUUGAUAAGUGUAUCAGUCCACUAAAUUCAACAACGUGCCUCUUAUGCCAAACUGAUAGCUUUUUACUGGACAAUAUGUGUUUCAACUUUUGGGACUCAUGUGACACAAAUGGUUUUAACAACAAAACGCGAAAGGGAUGUGACUGUAACAACACCAUUUCAAUUAAUUCCAAUUGUGUUGAAAGUGUUGAGAACUGUAAGUAUUUCACGUCGACCAAUAAUUCUGGAAUUUGUGUUCUGUGUAACGACAAUUAUACUAAUGCCGAUGGUCUUUGUACUUUAAUUAACGAUACAAAGCGUACAUACAGAGACAAUAAAAUGUUCAAAUGUGGGAGUGGAGAAUAUUUGAGUAACACAAAUGAAUGUCUUCCUUGUGACAACAAUUACAAAGAGUGUUUUUCAUACAAUUCACAACAAUAUGUGUUAUCAUGUGCAAAAAACAAUUCAAUAAAUUACAAUUCCAAUGAAUGUUCUAAUGACAAGUUGUGUGAAACAGUAUCUGCAAGUACUUGUGCAAAAUGUUCUCACACAAAUUACAAUGUCAUCAAUGGAAUUUGUGAAAAAAGUGUUGUUGAUUAUUGUUCCGCAAGUGUAAAAGGGAUUUGUCUUUCUUGUGAUGAAAAUCACAUUUUGUCGAGUCCAACUCAUUGCAAGUCAACAAUUGACUUCUUUUGUGAGAAAAAAAGGGUUGAAAAGUGUCAAAAGUGUGUUUCUGGAUAUCACUUCUACCAGUAUAACACAGAUGAUUUUGAAUAUACUUUUUGUGAGAAAAAUGAUGACAAUUGUGAGAUCGAAUUUGAGCUUGGGAAGUGCAAGAAGUGUAGUAUAAACGCUUUACUUUCUGAUGGACUUUGCAUUCCUCUUGAUGUUCCAAGCGAAUUGAACGACACUCAAGAGUAUACAAAUGAAAUGCAAUAUCCAUUUUACAACCCCAAGACUCAACUAGAUGAUACAGAAAAGUGCAUUAUUAAUAGUUCACUUGGGUGUAUGCGUUGUGUUGAUACAUACUAUUUGUCUUCUUCUGAAGGUGCGUUGAGAUGUCUUCAAUGUAGCGAAAACUGUUUAGAGUGUUACAAUAGCACAUAUUGUUUGUCGUGUUCCAGAGGGUAUUACCUUGACUCUAAGAAGACAUGUCAAUCCAAUAAUGUUCUCAGCACCACAUGUAAACAACUUAUCAUUGAAGGAGAUGGAUGUGCUUUGUGUAAAACUGGGUAUUAUCGUGUUGAAAGAGAAUGUCUACCAUGUGAUACGUCUUGUGAAACGUGUAACCAAGGUGACACAUGUUUAACGUGUCGUAGUGGCUACUUUAAAAUCUCUGUUGAAUCUCCUUUAUGCCAAACAUAUUCAAAUUUGACCAAUUGCAUUUCAAAAGAUGACACUGGAUGUCUUCAGUGUGAACCGGGGUUUUAUCUUCAUAAUAGCCGUUGUAACAAAUGUGAAAUGCGUUGUACAACAUGUUCCUCGUUAUCCAUUUGCACUUCUUGUAAAGACGACAAUGUUUUGAGAAGUGGAAUUUGUACUCCGUACACAUUAAUUGAGUUCUGCAUACGAUCAGAAAACAGCAUGUGUGUGAAAUGCAGUGGAUGGUAUCAUCCAAAUGACAGUGGAGAUCGUUGUGAGUUAGGUUUGAAUUAUGGAGUUAUAAUUGGUGUACCUCUUGCUGUUAUUAUAAUAUGUAUUAUAUUGCUUAUAAUUGUAUUUAUUAUAAUACAAAAAGUCCUACAAGCCAGACGUCGUUCAAAACAGGCGAAACUGAACCUGACUAUAUUCAAAAUCAAAAACUCGAACUCCCCACUCUCCUUCCUUCUUGGUGAUAAAAUAGUUGCGAACAUGGAAUGUCUCAAAUUUGAUGAAAAUGUAGAAGAAAUUCCCGUGUUGUCUGAGACCCGAGAAGUCAUCUGCAUUGGCAACAAAACAAAGCACAGUGUUCUCAUACAAUUUUCAGUACGAUCCGAAAUCGACCAAUUUUCAUUUCGAUUUGUUCCAAAUACUGUACGUCUUCGAAAAGAUGAGGCUUGUGAGUUUGAGGUAUUCAUCACCCCUUACUGUACAUGUGAGAUCAAAGAUCAAAUAGCUGUCGUGUUAAUCGAUUUAUCUAACAGCCAAGAAAUUGUUGGUAGGUUACGAGUAGAAACCAAGACUGAAUUAACGACACGACUUGAUUAUCGUGAAUUGACAGAAGGGAAGAAGUUAGGACAAGGAUCCUUUGGAAUAGUUUAUAAAGGUAUUUUUAGAGGAAAAUCGGUUGCUAUUAAGAAGAUGAAACAGUCGUACAACGAUGAAAAGAUGAUGAAAGAGUUUAUAAAAGAAGUGUCGAUGUUAGACAAGUUUCGAAACGAGUAUAUUGUACACUUCUAUGGUGCUGUUGUUAUACCAAAUAAGAUCUGUAUGGUCACUGAAUUUGCACAAUAUGGGUCUUUACAGGAUGUCAUAAAUAAGAGGACUGAUAACCCACUUAGUUUGGAGUUGAGAAUAAAAAUUGUUUUAGACGCUUCAAGGGGCAUUUUGUACUUACACCAAAAUGGGAUAUUACACAGAGACAUCAAACCUGAUAACAUUUUGGUGAUUUCACUCGACUCCGAUGUCAAAGCUAAUGCUAAACUGACUGACUUUGGGGCAUCAAGAAAUAUCAAUUCAUUGGUGAACAACAUGACAUUUACUAAAGGAGUUGGUACACCAAAGUAUAUGGCUCCUGAAGUGCUAGAAGGUCAGAGAUACACAGAAAAGGCCGACGUAUUUUCUUUGGCAAUAAGUGCUUACGAAGUUAUUGGGUGGGUCGAUUGUUACCCCAAAAAAUUAUUUCAUUUUCCUUGGGAUAUUGCUACCUUUAUCGCGAAAGGGGGGAGACGUCCAAAAACACCAAAUAUGAGUGAUGAAGUAUACAAUUUGAUUCAGCAAAUAUGGAACAACGACCCGUCCCAAAGAAUUGGUGUUGAGAUGUUUAUUGACGAAAUGUCUCAAUUGGUGUAA